ACCGACCUUCACGCCUCUCCCGCUUGUGUCCAAACCUCCCACUGGUCCAGCAUGGCGACCAACUACUUUGCGGAGCGUGCUACCCCAGCUUCGCAAGACCUGCUUUCGCCGGCUUCUCCCGCCCCAGGGCCGGCUUCCCGUGGCUCCAAUGCUCUCUCGGCCAGGAUCACCAGCGUGCUGUCGGCAUCUUACGCUGACCUUGAAAUCCGGGAUGCCCUGGAAACGCUCGAUGCUCGUGGAGUGCAAAAUACGGCAGAAACCAGACGACAACUUCGGCUGGAUGUGCAAAGGGAGGUCAUCCAGUGCAAUGGAGAGGUCGUCAAAGACUUUGGUCAAGUUGCCGAGCAACUAAAACGCAUAGGUACUGCUAUCAGUAGCUUGAACAAGUGCUGCGAUGAAAUGCGUGGCCAUAUUGCGGCGGCAAAUCGCGAGACUGGGCCUGUUCUAGAGGAAGCCACAAGCCUCAUGCAACAGAAAAAGCAAGCCGAGACAAAGCACCAAAUCUUGAACGCUUUCAGCUCACAUUUUCUCAUUCCCGAAGAUGAGAUCACCGUCCUAACGUCCACUGCUGAGCCGGUGACCGAGGAGUUCUUCCAGACUUUAACAAGGGUCAAGAAGAUUCACCAUGAUUGUCAGGUGCUCCUGGGAACCGAGGAUCAAAGGUUGGGUCUUGAGGUACUUGAGCGAAGCUCUAAGCAAAUAAAUGCAGCCUACCAGAAGCUGUACCGCUGGAUCCAACGCGAAUUCAAGACGCUUGAUCUUGAGAAUCCACAGAUCAAUGCGUCGGUCAGGCGAUCUCUGCGUGUACUUGCAGAGCGGCCAACAUUGUUCCAAAACUGCCUCGACUCUUUCGCGGAAGCCCGCGAGAACAUUUUGUCCGACUCCUUCCACGCGGCACUGACUGGUCAUACAUCGGAAUCCCAAAAUCUUGCAACCAAGCCAAUUGAGUUUCAAGCUCAUGACCCUCUGCGGUAUGUUGGUGACAUGCUUGCAUGGGCGCACUCUACCACAGUUUCUGAGAGAGAAGCCUUGGAGGUCUUGUUUAUCUCCGAUGGCGACGAGAUCAAGCGAUCUAUCCAAGCGGGACUUGAGAGUGAGCCUUGGCUACGCGAAGAGGGCGAACAGGAGGUCUUUGACGGAAGGAAGGCUCUGAAUCAGCUGGUAAGCCGGGAUCUGACUGGAGUUGCUCGACUACUACGUCAACGUACAGAACAAGUCGUACAGAGCCACGACGAUGCUACAUUGGCUUAUAAAAUUGCGAACUUGAUCGGAUUCUAUAAGAGUACUUUCGUCAAGCUUCUUGGAGCUGAUUCCGAGGUUUUGGAAGUCUUUGAUACGCUUGAAAGUUCAGCAAUGCGGCAAUUCCGUGCCAAUAUGCGAGACCAUGUUGCCGCAGUGCAAGGCGAUCUGGCGGUCGCGCCUGCUGAUCUCUCACCUCCGGAUUUCCUGGAAGAAGCUCUGCAGAUGCUCCGCACUCUUGCAAAGAGCUAUGAUACGUCUAUCGCGACGGUCGAUAGCAACGGUGAUGGCUUCCAUUCCGUCCUUGCCGAGAUCCUCGACCCAUUCAUGAGCGGCUGCGAAAACCUAGGAAAGGGCCUGCCGGCACCCGACAACAACAUCUUCGCCCUCAACUGUUUGAUGGCAGUCAAGACAGUACUGACCCCUUACUCAUUCGCUAAAGACAGAUUGAGCGAGCUCGAAGACACGAUCGGCGAGCAUAUUGUGCGAUUGGUGGAAUACCAGCAUCAGUAUCUCACAUACACUUCGGGCCUAAGCACGCUGCUCGAAGCUCUAUCUGACGUCUCUGAUACCGCAGAGAGCCUGAAGACUAUACCCGAGCUAGAUGCUUUUAAGCCAGAGGCUUUGGUGGGUGCAAGUCAGCAGCUUGAUGAGUUCCUCCCAUCGGCUCUGAUUGAUGCAGCAGAGAACCUAAAGCGGUUGCAAAACAGAACGAUUGUGCAAAACAUAACGGAGGAGGCAGCGGAACGAUUCUGCGAAGAUUUUGAAAUUGUAGAAAGCAAGGUGAUGGCUGCAGAUGACUUGCUGUACAAAGAAGAGGAAGAUGAGGCCGCCCCGGCUCUACGCGACCUCUUCCCUCGAACCAGCGGGGAGAUCAGAGUGCUCCUCAGCUAGACUAGAAAUGCUAUAGAGCUAUUCCAACCAAUGCACCACAUCCGACUCUUGCAACCCUUUGCAUGCCCUCUGGAAUCUCUAGAUAUCGUGAGCAAGUCAUACAUCCGUUUCAUGUGUGAUCAUGUACACUGUGCCGUUUAAUGAGCCUCUCUCAAGCUGGCUUCUUCUUCUCCCACUCUUCAGGCGUAUGGCACUUGGGCGUCCAAGCAUGUAUCGCUGCAAUUUCCUCCUUGAGAACUCCGUUGACCAAGCGAUGUCUAGCCAGCGUUGUCUUUUUGGCGAAUUGAGGGGAUACUAUGAUCGCCUCGAACAUCUGCCCGCAUCCACCUACAUGACUCAUCAGCCAACCGUUCUCGAGCUAAGCAAGCAUAUAUCAUGCACUUGAAGCUUCGUAUUACCGUGCUUGCAUUACCAUG